GGCAGCGUGAUUAAAUACAAUAGGACCCCUGAAAUGAAAAACAGGUCCAGCAGAGGUUGAGAACAACCAUUUCCGGAGGGCCACUUAGCAGACAUUAUAGGCAGAAUCGAUCUGUGUGUGGCUGGGGGAGUUUGAGUGGUUUCUCCCUGAAGGGUUGUGGACUUGAGAGCGGACCUCUGUCCUCUGUGGAAUAUGGUGGAAGAAGUGUGCUGAAAAACAUUACAGUGGCAAAUAAGUUAGUCUUUGCCUUAUUUGGGAUUGUGUUUCCGGGGUUACCUUGGGACAUUUCAUCCCUGGCUAGCAGAGCGUUCAUGAUUUCGUUUUCUGUGUGCAGAAUGGGAAACGGACAGCCCAACGUGGCUCUCCUUCAGCUCUGCGGUGUUUCCUGUGGGUCAGCUGCUGGGUACUCAGCCUGAGUCAGCUGCCAGCUGGGGAGACCCCGGUCCCAAAGAUGGCAUAGUGCUGGAAGCCCCUUCCAAUGAUCGAAGCAUCUUUACCCAAGGUGCCUGCCCGGGCCAGUGGCGUCGUGUUGAGCCAAAGGGACUUGUCUACAGCUUUCCCGAAAACGUCUUUCUCUCCUAAUUCAUGAGCCAGCAAGAUGCGGUCGCCGCGCUUUCAGAACGCCUUCUCAUAGCUGCGUACAAAGGCCAGGCGGAGAAUGUGGUUCAGCUCAUCAACAAGGGCGCCAAGGUAGCAGUUACCAAGCAUGGCCGGACCCCCCUGCAUCUUGCUGCCAACAAGGGCCAUCUUUCUGUGGUCCAGAUCUUGCUGAAGGCUGGCUGUGACCUCGAUGUCCAGGAUGAUGGGGAUCAGACCGCCUUGCACCGGGCCACGGUGGUGGGGAACACCGAGGUCAUCGCGGCGCUCAUCCAGGAGGGCUGUGCUCUGGACCGACAAGACAAGGACGGGAACACCGCCCUGCACGAGGCGUCCUGGCACGGUUUCAGCCAAUCAGCCAAGCUGCUCGUUAAAGCAGGAGCCAACGUGCUUGCCAAGAACAAGGCGGGGAACACGGCCCUGCACCUGGCCUGCCAAAACAGCCACGCCCAGAGCACCCGCGUCCUCCUGCUGGGCGGGUCCCGUGCCGACCUCAAAAAUAACGCAGGCGACACCUGUUUGCACGUUGCCGCGCGCUAUAAUCACUUGUCCAUCAUUAAGCUCCUCCUCAGUGCUUUCUGUUCUGUCCAUGAAAAGAACCAGGCUGGAGACACAGCACUUCAUGUUGCUGCUGCCCUAAAUCACAAGAAGGUGGUUAAAAUCUUACUGGAAGCCGGAGCAGAUGGAACCAUUGUUAAUAAUGCAGGCCAGACCCCGCUGGAGACUGCCCGCUACCACAACAAUCCGGAAGUUGCUCUUCUCCUCACGAAAGCUCCCCAGGUCUUGCGCUUCAGUCGUGGGCGAAGCUUGAGGAAAAAGAGAGAGAGGCUCAAGGAAGAGAGGAGAGCUCAGUCUGUGCCAAGAGAUGAGGUGGCACAAAGCAAGGGAAGCGUCUCAGCAGGAGACACUCACAGCAGUGAACAGGCCGCACCCAGAAAAGAAGAGGCCAGAGAAGAUCUCCUGUCUGCCUCCCCGGAGCCCACAGCAAAGGACAGCCGGCAGAGAAAGUCCAGGCCCAAGGUGUCAGCAUUUUCUGACCCCACCCCACCAGCAGACCAACAGCCCGGACAGCAGAAGAACUUGCACACUCAUGGUCACCCUAAAAAGAGGCCCAGGCAUCGAUGUUCGCCCCCGCCCCCUCCCCACGAGUUCAGAGCGUACCAGCUCUACACGCUGUACCGGGGCAAGGACGGGAAAGUGAUGCAGGCACCGAUAAAUGGUUGUCGAUGUGAACCCCUCAUCAACAAGCUGGAGAAUCAGCUGGAGGCAACGGUGGAGGAGAUCAAAGCAGAGCUGGUAUCGGUGCAGGACAAGAUGAACACAAAGCUGGGGCAUAUGGAGACUAAGACCCAGCACCAAAUGCGUGUCCUGGACAAGCUGAUGGUUGAGCGACUCUCAGCAGAGAGGACAGAGUGCCUGAACCGCCUGCAACAGCACUCGGACACGGAAAAGCACGAGGGAGAGAAACGGCAGAUGUCCUUGGUGGAUGAAUUAAAAACCUGGUGCAUGUUAAAGAUUCAGAAUCUGGAGAUGAAGCUUUCUGGAGAUUCUAGGGUGUCCAGGACUAAAUCCACACCUUCCACUUAUGAGUCCUCCACAGGUGUGGAUCAGUCGGUGGUGACUGCAGGUCCAGUGGCAGCUUCGGACAGUUCCCCUCCGGUGGUCAGGCCCAAGGAGAAGGCCCUCAGCUCCACAGCGACCCACAGACUCCAGCAGGAGCUGUCUUCCUCCGACUGCACGGGCUCCCGACUGAGGAAUGUCAAGGUCCAGACAGCCUUGCUCCCUUUGAAAGAGGCCACCAAAUGUGAUCUGCAGGCUGGGCCCUGUGUUGACAGAGGCACCCAAACCAAGAAGUCUGGGAAAAGUGGGCAGACGAGGCACCGGACCCAGCAGCCAGCGCCCAGCAACACCUGUAGGCAGCUGCCCCCAGCAGCAGGCGGCGAGCAGACCGCCCCCCACCUCCGAGACACCUCCCAGGCGCUGGAGCUCACCCAGUAUUUUUUUGAGGCUGUCUCUACCCAGAUGGAAAAGUGGUAUGAAAGGAAGAUUGAAGAGGCACGGAGCCAAGCCAGUCAGAAGGCCCAGCAAGACAAGGCCACGCUGGAGGAACACAUUAAAAGUUUAGAGGAGGAACUUGCUAAACUGAGGACUAAGGUACAGAAGGAAAACUAGGGCCUGGGAAGUGGCACCAGACAGGACUGUUGAGGAUUUCCAGUCCGUCGGCUGCUACUACGCACAGAGCAGACUUGCCUUUAAAAAAAAUCACUAAUUUCUAAAAUGUGCCAGACACAGUCUUCCUAUGCCCUGAGGUUAUGAAGACGUCAACAAUUAGACUGAAACCAGGGGAAGCUUGCUUAGUUUUAGGUUUCAUUACAAACUCAAAAUCUCAGCCCAAGUUCAUCUGAAGUUCAAAAGCUCAGAUUAAGCAAGCCAUGCUAACGAAUGGAAGGAUGUUUAAACCCAAACCCUAAUAUUCAGGAUAUGAAACAAUGUAAAUGAAGAGCAGGGAAAGAUAUUAAUCCCCUGUGAACUGAAAUCAAGCAGUCACUCUUAUGUAAAACACACCCGCCGUGCCUGGACCAGAGUGUCUUUCUGUAAGAGCUGCAACAGACCCGCUAAACCCUCGCCCUCAAGUCUGCAGUUCUCACAAUGCCGAUGUUUUAACCAGGGGAAAACUUAAAUAAAUUUUGAGGAGAAAGAUUUUCAUGAUGUCACAAGACCCAGGAUAUCUUAAAAUGUUUCAAAAAAUCAAAGUGUAUUUAAAUAAUGAGUAAUUGACUCAUAGCACUGGAGAUGUUUGUUAAUAAAUGAACUCAAAUGAGAAAGGUGCACAUCAUUUGAUCAUGGCUUCUGUAUAUUUCAGCCAAAAUACAGAAACACUACAAUCAUAGUGAUUUCUAAAGCGGAUUAAUGGAAAAAAAAUUCAUGUAACAAUGAAACUUCUAUAAACCAACUCACAGCCAUUUAUCUUAGAGUACUUUUCUGAAUUUGAGCAUAGUGGUCUACAUUUUAUAAAGAAAUAAGGCUGUUUAUUAAAAAGUAUUUCAUUUUGAAUUGAGUUCUGUCAUUGAAGGACCUCAAAAGCUUUCCACUGCUUUGCGGUGACUAUAUCAAGGUAAAUAAUUCAGUAACUUGAUUUAGAUUGCCCAGCUUCCUGGAGCCCUGUGGAUUUUACCCUGCUCUAUGGAGUACAGAGUUGCAAAAGUAGCUUAGUCAAGCGUUGAUGCUUAAGAGAGCAGAUACACCUGCUUGAAAGGAAAGAUCACGUGGACUGCUUGAAAAAGUAAAAAUUUAAAGCCUGCUGUAACAUGAAAAGAUUCCUCAGUAUAAGCUUAAACAAAUGUUUAAACUGUUGACCUUGUGGAAACUACUGAACAAAGCAGAAGGGGACAGGACAUCACUUGCAAUUUUACGCAGGCUAAGGUAAAUGUGAGCUGCUUCCUUUUGGCUUUUAACUCGGAUUUUCCUUAUUCCAUAAAAGUGUCCUGAAGUCAACUUUUGUCUCCAAUGUACUCUUCAAAUUAUAUUUUUUCCUGUGACUGGAGGAGAACCUAAUGCACUGAGGAACUUCCUUAAUCAUUUAUUUUACUUUCUCUGCAGAUGUGAAGAUUCCCAGUGGAGAUCUUUUCAGAGAAUCCUCUGAUCAUGACACACCUGAAGGACGUACCUCAACCACCAUGAGGGGUAACAUGGAAGGAUUUCUAAAGAAAGCUCCAGGGUGUCUCCUGAGCUCAGUGCAAAAGGCAGAGCAGUCUUUACCACGGCCACUAGGCAGCAGAGACAUCCGGGCUUAGAGGUGAAGAGCCGGCCCGCCUCGUCAUCCGGGACUCGAGGGCAGCCCCGCCCCCCUGCGCUUCCCGUUGGCCCAGCGCCGCGAAGCUCCGCCCCCCGUCCAGAGCCAAUCACAGAGGGCCGCCCGCCCCAGUCUUCCCCGAGGCCCAUUCUGCAGAUUGAGUGGAGGGAGCGGCAGAGAAUCGAGCCCAGACCCCGGAAAACUACCCUGAGAGGCCGGCGAGAACAGCAGGUACCUGCUUUAGCGUUAGCGUCGCUGGGGGUAACCGGGAAGUGGCCAUGUCCUCCAGCUGCGCGGUUCGCCAGGGCCCCAGCGCGCAGGAGCGGAAGUGGCGUGACGGGGCGGGGCGAGCCCGGUUUCCCGGGAGACUGGCUGCGGAGUGUGCGUUGGCUUCUAUCAGUCGGAAGCCCGGGGGUUUGGACCCUGUUUAGUGAGCAGUUUCACUUUCUUAGCCUGUUUUCUCAUCCGUGAAAUGAGUUAACCAUUCUUGCGUCAUGGAUUGUUCUGAGAAUGGAAGAGUGGUAAGGUGCCAGUUCCCGGCACGUGGUUAAGAGUUUCAUUAAAAGAAAGUUAAGGGUUUUGGGGGUGAGGGGAGAAAACGUCUUCACUAUAUUCCUUUUGAGAUUUAGUGUGCAUAGUUAAAAAUACUAAAGUUCUAAAUGUUAAUUUCUCUUAAAACUUGUAUCCUGCUCUUGUCUUUUUUUUUUUUCCCUUCUCGUUUUCAUCCUCUUUUCUAUCGUAAGCAUUUUUCCUGGUGCUCUAGUUUUCAUAAUCGUCGGACGUUAAGUUACAAAGCUUUUAAAUGGUUGUCCCAUUGCGGCUUUAAGAUUUUGUAUUGUUGAUAACGAGAAACUGAACAUCCCUACACCUUAAGGUUUUAUUUCACUAUACUUGUUUUAUCCUCCUCUCAACCCGCGCCAGGCUGUUACUGUAAGUGGGGUUAGUGAAUACUUCGUACUUUUAAAAAUGGGAUUGUUCCGAACACAGUCAAAAAUGUUACCCGUUUACUGAGCAUUUACUUGAUUGCCUCACUUGUUGGAAUUGUUGGCGCUCCCUUUUCCUAGUUGUGUUCUGGCUACUUCACGACCCUCUCCCCCCGGCCCCUUACCUGUUUCCUCAUCUGUACAGCAAAAUAAUGGCAUCUACCCGAGUUGUUACAUGUAGUAUGCUGAGAACAGGACCCAGCACAUUCAAGCACUCUAGUGAUUAGCUAUUUUAAACAUUACCUUGGCACUGUGUGAAGCGAUGCUAAUGUCAUCACUUAUUUCAAAAUGUGGCUACUAAUUAGCAAUUCACUGAUUUUCUUUCAAAAAGUCAGUGAAGCUAAACAUCCUUUGCCACUUCUACUUGUUCUGUGAGUUGUCUUUUGACUUUGGUCCAUUUAUGAUGAUCCAGACUUUUAUUCUAAUUUUAUAUGGGUUGUUUGCCUAUUUAACUUUUAAGUUUGAUCCUUUUCUUUUUAUAGCUUUGUUUCUAUACAGUCAUGUGUAUUUUCUUUUCUUUUGAGACUUUUCAGUUUCAUCUUCUCCCUUUCCGAGCUUUGUAAUUCUUUAAAACAAUUUUUUUUCAUUGUGUUAAUGUUUAAAAUAUUUACUCCAUCUAGAAUUUUGGUUUCUAGCAUGACAGGGAUGUAAGUUCUUUUCCAGCUGUAAACUAUAACUUUAAUACCAUUUAUGAACUAAUUCAUUCAUCUUCCUGGGCUUUGUGAUACUUGUGGUAAAUUCUUUUAGGGUUUGAAUAAUCCUCAGGAUUAUUUCAUCUGGGAUUAGUAUGUUAUGUUAUUGUUUCAUUAUCUGGUGGGAAUACUCCCUCGUAGUAUCUUGUAAGAAUCUUCUAUUGAUGUUCUGCGUGGCCUUUAGAAAUGUUUUGUAUCAUUUCCCUCUAAAUCGUUAGAUGAAAAAUGCGUGGAACACUGGCGAUUCCAGGGCCACUGUGUUUUGCUGUGACCAGAUGGGAGAGAAGGGACAAGAGCCAGGUUAUGCUAAGCAGCAGGAAUGGUACCUUCUUCACAGGAAUCCAGAAAGAUGUCCUUGGAUGUUGUGUGAUGAAGUGAAGCUAGCAAAGUGAUUAGCAGUUCAGGCUAUAUUUUAACAGAGCCGCAGCUGCCAUGCAGUCAGAGGAAAGCAGAAUGGAAGACAGGAUAAAUGUCCAGAAGUUAGGACAAGAUCUGGGUUUGGAUGGAGAUGAAGAGGAAAGUAAGGCAGAUGUAAAGGUCGAGCUCCAGGUGAGAGAGCAAGCCUGUCCGAAGCAGCUUCUCAGUGACUCAGGCAUGUCCACCUCUCACCCAACCUCAUUGUUCCUGACGGGUAUCAAGGGACUGCUACUGUGCUUCCUAACCCCUUUCCCAUCACAGCACAAACUGGAGAUGGCACUCUUGUGCAACCUGGCUUACUGGAAUUCUUCUGUUCCAGGCCCAGGACCAAGUGAACCAUUGUAUUGGUACACCAGUUGGGAAGCUCCAGGUUAACUGGUCCUGUCAGUUAAAGGUAGACAUGAUCGAUGGCAUCACAGUCCUCAUGCUGGUGUCCUUCCCUGUUAGACCCACCCCUGCUGGAAGGUUAAACUUCCUGCCGCCCAGAGGGUUUUGGCUGAUGACACAUCUCUUCCACUUACAGUUCAUCUUGGAGCAGUAUCUUUAUGAGCCAUUGUGUCUUUCCACCAACUUGCCCUUCAUCUUCUGCCACGAGGCCAGCAUGCUGGGGCUCACCCAUCAGACAUAAGCACAAUCAAGAAACACACCCUGACUGUAGUUAAGCCCCUACACAGCAUAAACUAGUGACAGCCAGGUGAUCCAGCAGACACGAGGCCGAGCACGCCUUCUGAGCACUCCUGUCAUAUUCCAUGAAGAAUGGUCACAAGUAACAUCAACAGUGGUAUUUUUUUAAUAGUUUUCAGAAUAUAAGCUGCAUAGCUUUUUAGAAUAAAAAAUAACCUCAUGUACAUGCUUUAGGACACUUGGUUAAACAACAAGCAAUCUGUGUCUUUGACCACCUCAAAAGGGUGGCACACUUCACAGUGUAACUUGAUAACAGACAUGGAGCUAGACAAUCACAUCGUGACAUGUCUACAAAAGAACAUUUGGACAGUCAGAAAAACAGCACACAGUUUCAAGUAUUCACGCACUGCUUUCUGGCCAAGUAAAAACUGCCUAAAAACCGUUGAUGUAUUUUGACUGGAAAAAAAGAUGUAGCUAUUUAGUUCUUCUGGACACAGCAUUUCUUUUCCAGAAUGAGACCGGCUCAGUUCAGCUUGAAAGCAGUGUGAGGAAUGAGUCUUCCUCUUAACUGUUAAGAAAAAAGUGAACUAAAGAAAUAAGUUAUUAAACAAGGACUAUGGCACUGAGAGAAUGAAAUAAACAAAGGGAAAAAUAAUUUCUGUCAUUGCAUAGUCUCCCGAAGCAGCAAAUGUGGACACUGAAAAGCCACUUCAUUUGUACACAGCCUAAGGAUCACUUUCUGAUGCUUUGUGAGAACACACAUACCACAACCCCACCAAGAGAAGGCAGCUUCUUUCAUAAGCACAGUAAGGAAACACCCUCAGACUCUAGAAAGCUGCAGCCGUCUUAGCCCCUUGACAGCUUUGGGUACACACUGUGUGCCUGGCAAGGCCAAGCCUUAGAGCAGGGUCAGGAGAGAAGUUCAUUUUGGCCUGUGUCCAGCGGUCCCUGUGAAGGAGAGCGGGCAGCUGGGCCCCAAGGCUGGAGUGCAGCCACCUCUUGGGCCAGGGCUUCCAGGACGAGCCGGAAGGGCAAUGCUCCCCCAGGUACGAGACCAGACACCUGCUGCGGUUCCUACUCUGCCCCGGGUUUGUUACAGGAACUGUAGCCCAGGCACAGCAGGAGCACAAGUGCUUUCUCUCGGCCCUGAAAUCACAGUGUAAAAUAAAAUGUAUACUGCAAUAAAUUUUUUGUAGCAGUUGGGUGAACGUUCAUAAAUCAAGUCUAAGAUAAAAUACCAUUUUAGAGCUGGGAGUUCAGAAACAGUUGUCCAACAGGGAGCACUUGGCAAGCAGUGUUCUUGUGUUCUAUGGUUGGUCAGAGGCCGUCACCAGCUCAAACCACUGCCUAAGAGCGUCGCUUAGAGUCUCAGGAAGUGCAUUCACGUCACGAAGAAUUAUGUAGAAUGGGAAUGGGAACUCUUCCAUGUAGGAUCGGAUUUCAGGCAUCUCUCCAGGUCCUUUAAAUAUUGGUACUUUAAUGUCCAAGAUAGAAUCCUGGCAACAGAAAACAUUUUGAGAUAAAAACUAAUUCAGCGUCCUUGGCUAGCUCUCCUAUGAUCUCUUUUGCAGACAAUUUUUAGGUCUCCUGUUCUAGUUCCUGCAUAUAAAAGUAGCUUUUAUUAAGUAAAACAAUUUUUAGAACAAUCAUCUAGGAGGAGGCAGAUCUCUUUCUGAGCACCCCUUCUAGGAGAAUGGACACUUAAAGGGGAGGAGAGGGGAAGAUUAAAAAAACCUGAUUUCCUUACAAUGGUAUUUCCUAUCUACUUGGAAUAAGUCACAUUAAAUCUUUAACUUGCUAUCCAGGCCUUAAUGUGACCUACAGAGACAGUACUUCCCCUGAACAGAACCACCCUGUGGACCUCUUUAAUGAAGUGAUUGAUGCUUCCUCCUUUGAGGAGGACUCGGCCGAGCUACAAGAUACAGCCCUGGGAAGGGCUGGUCUACAGAGAGCAAGGCUGCGAUACCUGCAGUGACGCCGUGAAGGGGGAGGUGACCCCCCAGAGUACGAGUCAGCAUGGAAAGUGGUCAUGAGGAUGGUCUCUGCGCCAUUCUGAAUCCGGGCUUCCUACUCAUUAGCUAUAUAACUGCUCUGUGUUUCUGUCCUUUACGGUAGAGUGGGACUAACGAUCCCUGAUCACUAAAUUACUGCGCAGUUACAUGAGAAAAUAACUAUCAAGUGCCCAGAACAGCGCCCUUCAGGGUGCCGUGAAUGUUAGUUCUCAGUAUGAUGGUGAGACCCAGGCCAUUUUUCAGAUAGGACGGCUUGAAGAGAAUCCCCACUUUCCCCCCUAGAAAAGUGGCUUUUAGUAAUCACUCACCCGUGAACUGGGGUUGUCCAACACAACAAAAAUGACAAAGAUGUUAGCAUUCUGGGCAGCCUGAACUGCUGCUAGGACUCUGUCUUUGCCCUCAAGGAAGAGGCCGCGUCCAUCAGAGACCACCAGGAGGAGCUGUGCGGUGUCUGUCACAGAACACACAGCAGGAGAGGAAGGAAGAGAACAGAAGGAAAAGCCGUCGUUCACAACUCCAAACUACCCACAGGAGGACAAAUAAGUAUCGGCUUUCUCUGUUAAAACAGAUCUCUGAAACUCAUGAAUUUUGAGCACAAAUAAAGGGGGCCUCCAAUUAGAUCUGUUACUUUAAAUGCCUGAGCCAGAGACAAGGCUGCACAAAGAUACAUGAAGCUUCUGUCAAUGACAGUUUCCCAGUAAUGCUUCAGGGUGUGUUGUCUGUAGAUCAACUUUGUCCUAGAGCAACAUAACACGUGUUUAUGGCUAUAAAGUAUAAAAACAGCAGUACUGAGUAGACCAUUAGAAGAAAGUACCCAGAUCAGAAGCCUGUAGCUAUCUUCCAAAUUUCAGUUGUCUGUUACCUUCAGAUUCUGUUAAUUUCCUGUACCUAACUUUUGUUUUUUCCGUGAAAUCAAUUCACUUAAAAACUUAAAUAAAAGGGACCAUUAAAAAUAAACAGUAAAUAAAAAUACUUUAAAAACUUUAGCCCAUUUUACAGUAUUUCCAGUGAAAGACUAACGCUUGAGGGGCAGGCUGUCUUCUCUGUCAGGGAAGGUUGGCAAGUAUUGAGCGGCGCAAAUGACUUGCUUCAAACAGGAAGCCUUCCCAUGACACAGUCAGGACUGAGGAUUCAGGGAAGAGCUAAAGAACUGGUGUGCUGCCAAAGCCCCAACUCAGUCACAGGGGGAUUAGCUGGUUCCUGAAUUAUGUCCUCUGUUUUCCUCUGUUAUUAAAAUGUGAAAGAUAACUGAAAUCUAUCAAAUAGUAUAUACUAGUUAAUGACAAACUAGUUAGUGUCUACAUAUAAACCUCAUGAGUACCGGUUCAAUAGAAAUUUUUGACUCAAUGAAUGGGCAAGUAAAAAAUUCCAGUGCUUAAUAUGUCUCUAUCAUCUCCCGUCUAUGUCUCUUCCUAUAGUGCACACUUUAAAAGAUGGUGAUGGGUACAGUGACAUGAAGCAAGCAACUUGCAAAUAACACAAAGGACAGAAAAGCACUUCGUUAACACAGACAGAAGCAUGCAGCUCACCUGGACUGACGUUCUGUGAGAGCUGCUGAGCAGCUGCAAACAUACUGGCCACAGACUCUAGGAACUAAACCAGAACCAGAAAUAGACAAUGAGUAAACUAUUAAACUCUCUCCCCAUUGUCACAGAGGCUGAAAUUACUGCUGGCACUUAAACGACUAUCAGAUAACCAUCUGAAAUCUCUAGCAGUCACACUGUCCCUUCCAGCCACCAGUGAAAGGCCAAGGACCCUGGCGCCGCUUGGCAUUUACCUUGGGUGCUGCCACUCUCCAGCACAGACAAGACAUUUCCCUGCACACACCCCACUAGUGUUCUACGAGAUGCCCCAGAGGAAAAGAAAGACUUCCCCUGGGGGAUAAGAAGUCAGUAACUCCUCAAAUGAACCAAGCAGCUGUCUUCUUCAAAUAAAAGAAAAUAACAGCAUAAAAAGAAGACAAGAAAACAAAAUGCCCAGUGCAACAUACAGAAAGGAGGCUAAACUAAGGCAGGAAUCAGGAGAGAAUUGUUAUCCCACGCUGUGUUUUGAACUUAUGUCAUCCUGAGCAAGUCACUGGCUGUAUUUUACAUCUCUUCUUCUCUGCGCUAAGUGGUAGAGAGAAACUGGCCUCGACCCACUUGAUGAGGGUACUGAGAGAUGGUUCAUUUUUCUGAAAUGUUCCAAACCUCUCAAAAAAAACAACAACAAAAAAAAAAACAAAAAAGGAAGCCAGAAAAUCAAUGAUGCAAAGUCAAAUGAUUUUUUGAGGAACUGAGAAAAAGAGGUCACACCCUAUUUAAUAAUGGAUGUCAAGAAAACUUAUUCCAGGGAAACACAGGCUGAGGUUUAGACUCUCCCGUAUUGUAAAUUUUACCUGUCCUAAUACCGCACUGGGGAGGAGGGACUUCUAAAAACUGUCUCUCUUACACCAGAAAAAUAAACUGCAGAAGACAUCUGAUAUCAUUAGCA